GAAAAUACUUUGUGAUGGGAUUAGGGAGUAUUAAGGACUCCAGCGUAAUCCGUGAUCGCCACCUUUUCCACUAACAAUUACUGCCGUCGCACUACCACCUUUGUCUGGUCUGGAUUACCUGCAACGCCGAAGUAGCAGCUAAAUCCUUCCCUAUCUCUCUCUCUCCACAUCACCAACAUCUCCUACGACUACGACGAAGACCACCACCGCCACUUAACCCCUAACAGCAGAGAUUUGGACUAUAAUUGGUCUGGUCUGAUUUCAGGCCAUGUGGAGAUCACCAGCCAUGUCUUCUCUUAUUGGCCAAUUAACUCGAGUAGGUAUUGCUAGGAUACAAAGUCCUAACUGCAGCUACCAUUCAAUGGUGCAAGCUCAAGUUUCUAAUAGAAAUACUACAAGAUCUACUUCCCUGUUAGAGAAUCAAUAUGAUCGCAAAGCUAAAUGUGAGAAUUCAGACCAGAAUGCUGGAGGAGUGCAGAAAUUCCGGAUUGGGGAGAAUGUUUCCAGGAAGGAUAAGAUCAACUUUCUUGUAAACACGCUUCUUGAUCUCAAGGAUAGUAAAGAGGCUGUUUAUGGUGCUCUUGAUGCCUGGGUUGCGUGGGAGCGCAAUUUCCCUAUUGGGUCACUCAAGAUGGUUCUGCUCACUCUUGAAAAGGAACAGCAGUGGCACAGAGUUGUUCAGGUAAUUAAAUGGAUGCUAAGCAAGGGGCAGGGAAAUACAAUGGGAACAUACGGGCAGUUAAUACAAGCUUUAGAUAAGGACCAUAGAGCAGAAGAAGCACACGUGUUUUGGUUGAAGAAAAUUGGUACAGAUCUUCACUCGGUGCCCUGGCAGUUGUGCAAGUGCAUGAUAUCCAUAUACUAUAGAAACAACAUGCUAGAGAACCUCAUAAAGCUUUUCAAGGGCCUAGAAGCAUUUGAUCGCAAACCUCCAGAAAAAUCAAUUGUACAGAAAGUGGCAGAUGCAUACGAGAUGUUAGGUAUGCUUGAGGAGAAAGAACGUUUACUACAAAAGUAUAAUGAUCUUUUCAAAGAGAAGGAGAAAGAAGGCCUCAAGAAAUCUAGAAAGACCUCAUCUAAGAAGUCAGGAAAUAAAAAGUGUUGACCAGCUAGUAAUUUAACAUCUGCCUAGCAUCUUAUGGGCAGAGUAAACACAAACCAAAUUCGGAAGCCCUUACUGAAAGCAUACAAUCAGAGUUUAUCAGAGAGAAAUGAUUUUUUCUAGUGCAAAAAUGGGUAACUCUUCCAUUGAACAGCAUCUUUGCCUCUCAGCUGCCAUACCAUGAAACACUUUUGAAUCUUCAAGGUACUUCAAGCAUGGUUAGCCACUUGAUACACCAAUGCUUUGGAGAGCAUGUAUUAUAUUGUGAACAGGGCAACGAUAUACUGAUUCACUUAUUUCUGUGAGCCAAUGGAAGGUUUUCUACUUCAAAUCCCAAGUUUUCUUGCCCAGGAUGAUGGUAUAUGUGAUCCCAUUUUUUGGGUGAACCAUGAUCUGACUGCGCUUUCAUUUGUGGAAAGAUUAUCUGAGAUGGGGGUCUUGUUUGAGUGCUGGAUUGAUACUGUUUGAUGGUUUGGCACAUUAGACCUUCACAAUUGAGUUUGUCAAGCAUGUAACAAGUAUCUUAAAUUUGUAUUUGGGCAUCAACGGAUUUAAUUUUCUUCUUUAA